AUGGCGUACCGUAGGAAUCCCACAGGUGGAGAAAUGGAUCGUAACUGGGCUGGUGAUGAUCGUGGGUUUCAUGGUAUGGAUCGGGGUUAUGGACCAAGAGGUGUGGAUUUUCCCCCGGGUUACAAUAAUGGUGGUAAUUACCAAGAUGUUCCACCACAUUGGAAUGAACAUCGUGAGGAUGGUCCUUACCAACAACACAGGAAUAUGAGUGAGAAUUACAACAGCAGGAGAGGCGGUGGUAAUCACCAAAAUGUUGCAGUCCGUGGAAGAGAGUAUAAUAGUUCCACGUCUCAGCAGACAGCGCCACGUUCUAACAGCGCAGAGGCUACUGAAAAACCUGGCUUUGUUAAUAAUGUGCGUCAGUCUGGAAGAGGUGGGGACGAUAUUCACAGGAAGCAGGAGAGCGAAAGACUUGGCGCCGGAAAAGAUCAGACUCAAAAUUCUAGAGAUGAUAAUCAAGCCAUUGCUGAUGAGAAUGGGGCGCAGAAUCAAUGGAAUCAAAAUGAGCAAGACACCCUGCCUCAAGAACUACAGGAGGAUAAUGGUGCUGAAUCGUGGAAACCAUUGGAGGAGACAGUUGACAUUACAAAAGUAAAACAGGAACCAGAAGAUAUGGAUGUUGAUAAGCAGCCUCAGACAAGUAGAGAUAAUGCUGUUGAAGAUGAAGAUGAGGAUGAGAAAACAAAGGCAAUCAAGAAGCUUCCUGUCACCCACGCAAGAGGUUUAAUGAGCACACUUAUUGGAUUAAUUGGACCGGAGGCUCAAAACAAGAAACCUGAACCAUUACCUCCACCAAGACCUAUGAAAUUGGAAGACGAUAUUCAGAAGUAUCUAGGUCCAGCCAAACACAGUUCUACACAUGCAACAUCUACCAUAAGUGAGUCGGCAUUUCUGGAAAAUGGCAUCACUGCGAGCAUGUUGGCGGAAGCAAACAUGGAAAUUAACUACGAUGACAGAAACUUGUUUCCAGAAGACAUUGGACGGGAUACAUCAAGACCUGAAUUUUACUGCAAGCUGUGCCAGAAGCAGAUGACUUCACUUGGAAAUUUCCGGGACCACCUCAAUGGCAAAAGUCAUAAAUCAAUGCUCGAAGCCGCCAAGAUGGGCACCAAGAAGCUCCCAAAAGGAAAGAAGAAGGCUGUGAAACCUGUGUCUGAACUUGGACAGAAGUCUGUGUGUCUGGAUGUUGUUGAAGGUGCAACAGAACCUAUUUUAGGUUUAUCUUUCAUCACGGAGUACCACAGUGUCACUGGAGUAGUUUGUGUCUGCAACCUUUGUUCUGUGAAGUUUGACCAAAAUAUUGUCGUCUCCCAUACAACUGGCUGUAAACACAGGUUACGCUAUAUGAGGGAGAAGAAUCCUGCUGUCUAUGUGCAUCUGAAAAAAUUUGGUGGCAAGAAGUCACAGCUGACAACAUUCCUUAGUGAUAUUUGUGUUGGAGUGGAAAAAGAGGAUGGUCGUGGAACUCCAGCCAUUAAGGUAUACCACCCUGACAGGAUGGAUGAGGAGGAAGAUUCAUUGAAUCGGGAUGAAUAUGAGAACAGGCGAUUGAUAAAUCAAGCCGUUAAAAAAGCAAAUGUGGAUGAUAAGGAUCUUGAAUCUGUUGACUUCCAGGACUGGGUUAAUAGAGAAAUGAGGAGGUCUAAAGAACUGAAUGAAUCACAGAAGCGGUCACCUUCCCCAGGAAUUGGAGACAAUGGCAAAUCUGCUAAUCGAUCAG